CUUCCCCCUCGGGCAGCGGCGCAGCUUGCGCUCCCCGUCCUCUCGCGCAAGCCCCGGGCGCCAGGACGCAGACUAGGUCCUUGGAGUCACCUUGUACCCAGACCCCUGGCGGAGGAGGGUGGUGUGAGGUGGAGCCAUGCCUGAUAUGCUGCGGACCGUGGUCGGAAAGCAAAAAUGUUCCUCCUUUUAUAGUGGAAUCUUUCCUGUGAUAAUUGUCAUCUUGGUCUUCUUUAGCUAUGGGUUCCUGAGCCACUUCCUGGGAAGCCCAGGACCCUCUGAGACCUGUGUGGUCACUGCUGGAGAGCGGGAUGCUCGGGAAGUUGUCACCUUGUCAAGGAUGAUCUACACCCAGCCAAAGGUGCUCACACCUGCUAGGAGCGAUGUCCUUAUCCUGACUCCAUGGCUGGCUCCCAUUGUGUGGGAGGGGACCUUCAACAUCGACAUCCUCAAUGAGCAGUUCAGGCUUCGCAACACCACCAUUGGACUGACCGUGUUUGCCAUCAAAAAAUAUGUGGUCUUCCUGAAGUUGUUCUUGGAGACAGCCGAGCAGCACUUCAUGGUUGGACACAGGGUCAACUACUAUGUCUUCACUGACCGGCCAGCAGACGUGCCGCAAGUGCCCUUGGGUGCAGGACGGCGGCUGGCGGUCCUGACCGUGCGCAACUACACUCGCUGGCAGGACGUGUCUAUGCACCGCAUGGAGAUGAUCAGCCGCUUCUCGGAGCUGCGCUUCCAGCACGAGGUGGAUUACCUGGUCUGUACUGAUGUGGACAUGAAGUUCCGUGACCACGUGGGUGUGGAGAUCCUGUCAGAACUCUUCGGAACUCUGCAUCCGGGUUUCUACAGAGGCAACCGAGAGGCCUUCACCUAUGAGCGCCGGCCCCAGUCUCAGGCCUUCAUACCUAAGGACGAAGGUGAUUUUUACUACCUGGGAGGCCUAUUUGGGGGGUCUGUGGCAGAGGUUCUCCAGCUCACCAAGUCCUGUCAUGAAGCCAUGGUGGUCGACCAGGCCAAUGGCAUUGAGGCCGUGUGGCACGAUGAGAGCCACCUGAACAAGUACCUGCUAUACCACAAGCCCACUAAGGUGCUGUCCCCAGAGUACCUGUGGGACCAGCAGCUGCUAGGUUGGCCCCCCAUCAUGAAGAAGCUCCGUUAUAUGGCUGUGCCCAAGAACCACAAAGCAAUCCGAAACUGAUAACCCAUUUGUGGGAGGAAGCAAGAGGCCAUACCUGCAGCCCAUGUACCCUCCCCACUAUAGAAAGGCUUUAGGGAAAUUGCUACUGCAUCAAGGUCUACCUCAGACUCAAGCAGGCCCUGCUCCACCUGGCCUGUCGCACACUCUGCCCCAGGCUGGGGCCUCGUAGAGUGGCCUCCACCUUCAGCUCCUCAACCCCUCCACUCUGUGAGGCGGUGUCUCAGUCCCUCCCAAUAGUGAAAAGGGAUGGAGUCCUUCUGAAUGAAGAAUGCCUGUCACUCAGUCAGCUGAGGGCCUGCAAAUCUUCACGUCAAGCCAAUCCUGUUCUCUCUGAGAGUCCUGAGAGCGGGUCAGUCCUUUUUGGAACGGGCAGCAAGGAGGAUGAAUCAUAACCUCCAGGCCAGCCUGAUCCAGCCUACGUUUGGUGGAGUAGCCCCCCUUGGCCAU